GUGGCACUCCCAUGAAAGGAGAAUCGGGUUUGCUUUUAUUAUCCAUAUCCUAAUUAAGAGCAUCAAGAAAUGAAUCCCAAACAGGCCCCUUUAGCAGAAACCCAAACCCAAAACGUCUAUUAAAAGACAGCCACUUCGACUUCACAUAAUGGCUUCUACACUGUGUUGCAGAGCCAGAGCUUCGCCCAUUUUCUCCACAUCCUCCACUAUACGACGUCGUUUGCCUCUAAUUGGGGCGUUUUGCAUGCUCAGCUUCGGCUUCUGCAAUUUCUCUCCUUCAUUUUCUUCAUCUUUCUCUGUCAAUACGGGUUGUGCUCAGUCUCUGCCCUUUGCCCCUCUCUUGAAAUCAAAGUUCAGUACCCAAGCACCAGCUAAGACCUCGAGUUCUAUCAGAAUGGAGAGUGGUAGCGACACUGUUCCCAGCAUCGUCGUCUACGUUACAGUACCCAACAAAGAAGAAGGAAAGAAGUUGGCAGAAAGCAUUGUUAGAGAAAAACUUGCAGCUUGUGUUAACAUAGUACCAGGUAUUGAAUCAGUUUACGAGUGGGAAGGAAAGAUCCAGUCUGAUGCUGAAGAACUUCUCAUAAUCAAGAGUAGACAAUCCCUUCUGGAAGCUUUGACGAAACAUGUUGAGGAAAACCAUCCAUAUGAGGUACCAGAAGUUAUCGCCUUGCCAAUCAAUGGGGGAAGUACGCCUUACCUAAAAUGGCUCAAAAACAACACUAGAGAUUGAUUUCUCCUUCAAAGCUAAGAAGAGAGUUGAAGUACACAUAUCCCUGUAGUGUGUCGUGAGUGUUUGCAUAUUAUGAGGACGUGGAGUUGUUUGAUCUCUCUCUCUCUCUCCCUCUCUCUCUGGGUUAUUGCACGUUGGUAACAUUAUAAUAAAACAUAGUGAUUCUAUAAGGAAUACCUUUUGCCUUUGAAA